GCUUAGUUUUGCCAAAAACACAAAGUUUAAAAUUUGUUGGUUGGAAAUGACAGUAUAUUAUCACAAGAUUCUCUAAAAAAGAAUCGUUAAAUUUAUUAUGUCCAGUAGUAGAAUAUUUUUGUAUUUCGCAUAUGGAAGUAAUUUAUCUCAAAAUCGAAUUCGUCAGAAUUGUCCAAGUGCUCGUCGUAAAACACUUGCCAAAUUAGAAAAUUAUCGUUUAGACUUUAUUACGUUCGCAUCUGGUUGGAAUGGGGCCAUUGCAACCAUAGUACCACACAGAGAUUUGGAAGUAUGGGGGGCUAUUUGGGAAAUCAAUUUGGACGAUUUAGCUCGUUUAGAUUGUCAAGAAGGGGUACAUAAUAACAUGUAUUACCCUUUGGAUGUGGACGUCAUUUUGAUGGACGAUUCAAAAUUAACUUGUCGAACUUAUAUUCAAACAGUAGUGCCCAAUUUUUUUCACGAUAUAAAAAAAUUGCCCAUGAACAGACGACCAUCUCGUCGGUAUCUUAAAACCAUUUUAGAGGGUGCAAUGGAAAGUGGAAUAACGGGGAAAUAUAUGAACUUUUUAAAAACAAUUCCUCAUAAUGAAAUUUGAGUAAAAAAUAUUAAUUUGUUAAGUCAAUAAGUUCCUUGUUCUUCUUUAAUGUACCACAGAAUUAUUUUAAUUUUAAUAUUUGUUCGUAAAAUUUGCCUGAUUUUAAUUAAUUUUAAAACACUAUUCAUCUUCGUUUCUUCGUGUUACUUGAGAUCAA